UUAGGAUACAUUACCGACGUAAUAGAUGAUUCUAUUAAAGAUUCAAAAGACGCAAGAACGUUUUUAUCUGAUAAGUUAAAGUCAUUUGUAAAGGGACAUGCUGGGAAGCGAAAUCACGAUCACAUGGAAGAUUCUCAAGACUGUGAAUCAAAUUUUAAUUUACACAUACCAGAUCUCAACAAGAAGGUCAAAGUAGAUACUACAUUUAAUGUAUCAUUCGAUGAAUACAUUACUGUCGUUCAUGCCGUCAAAUCUAUACAAAAUGUCAAUGAAUCUGCCUACACUAACCCACUUUGGUGGGGUGUUCUAGAUUUUCGUGAGGAGAAUAUAUCUCUGAGUCUAGACUUCUCUCGUGCUAAGAAUUUCCUCUCGACUGAUAAGAUCGAUCGUUUGAUGAGUAUGACAAGAAGUGCUAUUCAAGAAAAGAAGAAACAUAUCAGUAAAUCGGUAGAAUCUUUCUUAGAGGCAUUAUUACUAUCAGAUAUUGUUAGCCUUCAACUUCUUGCAAAGGAAUGCAGUGCGUGA